GUGUGUGAGAGAGAGAGAGAGUGGAGUCAGGGACAGGGGGAGAGGGCAGACAACACGAGCAAACCAACCAGGGGGGAGCCGAGCCGAGGCCAGAAGCGGCAGCAAGUGCGAACAAGAUGGCGGUGAAGACCCGGAGCGCCACCAAGGGCAGUCGGCUGGCGCGUGAGGAGCGCGGGGAGUGCGGCGCCAGGGCCCUCAGGAGCUCCCGGAAAUCAGACAGCCCCAAGCGGGACAAGAGGCGGGACUGCUCGCCGCAGAGGACCAGAACCGUCUGCCCCGCUGCCUCGGGCAAGUGGGUGACCAGCAUCCGCUGCCACCUCGGCCUGUCGGACACGGCGCUCACCAGGCUGAGCACCACCUUCCUGCUGGCUUUCGUAGUAGGAAUUUUACACUGGUACCAUAUAUCUAGUCUUUUUGAAAACGAUCGACAUUUCUCUCACCUCUCAACACUGGAAAGAGAAAUGGCUUUUCGCACUGAAAUGGGCUUGUAUUACUCUUUCUUUAAGAUUAUCAUUGAGGCACCUUCAUUCACUGAAGGCUUACGCAAGAUAAUGAAUGAUCGGCUGACUGAAUAUCCUCUGGUUAUCAAUACCCUGAAACGGUUCAAUCUUUAUCCAGAGGUAGUUCUGGCCAGCUGGUACCGGAGCUUUAUUUCCAUAACAGAUGCUUUUGGUAUUUCAAUCAAAAUGUGCUGGAGUGUAAAUAGAGGGCACGGCCUGAAUCCUGUGGAAAGUUGUGAAGGAAUGGGAGAUCCAGCUUACUUUUAUGUAACAUUUGUUUUUAUUUUAAAUGGACUCAUGAUGUCAUUGUUUUUCCUCUAUGGGACAUAUUUGAGUGGAAGCAGACUUGGUGGCGUGGUCACUGCAUCUUGCUUUUUCUUCAACCAUGGUGAGUGCACAAGGGUCAUGUGGACCCCUCCUCUUCGUGAAAGCUUCUCCUAUCCAUUCCUAAUUCUGCAGAUGCUGCUUUUAACCCACAUACUGAGGACUCCCUUUGUGGAUAAAAGGACUAUGGUUGCUUUCGGUGUUGCAAAUAUCCUCUUUAUGCUUCCAUGGCAGUUUGCACAAUUCGUGCUCCUCACACAGAUUGCGUCACUGUUUGCAACAUACAUUUUAGGUUUUAUUGAUUCCUCCAAGCUUCUGGAAAUCCUUUAUGCUCACAUGAUAUCCCUCCUGUUGUGUUUUGCUUUGAUGUUUGGGAAUGCGAUGCUGCUAAGCUCCUACUAUGCUUCUUCUCUGGUGAUUGUUUGGGGAAUGAUUAGAAUGAAAGAUUGGUCUGCAAAAUAUUGGCCACAGAGGAUACAUGUAGCAUGUGUAGCUAAAGGAACUGUCUGGUUAAUUGGAACUGUAAUCCUCAAAUUUGUGGCUUCUAAAAUAUUGGGAAUUGAUGAUGAUGCCCACAUAAGUAACCUACUGAAAUCUAAAUUCACAAACUACAAAGAUUUUGAUACCCUGAUGUACAGCUGUGCAGUGGAGUUUGAUUUCAUGGAAAAGGAGACUCCUUUGCGAUACACAAAAACUCUGCUACUUCCUGUGACCUUAUGCAUUUUUUGUGCUAUAGUUUCAAAGACACUGAAGGAAUUACUGGAAUAUUUAAAAGAAGAACAUCAGAAUCAACCAACAGAUACAGUAAAGAAAACUGCACAACAUGGAGAGGUUGUCUAUCAUGCUUUUCAAUUACUAGCAUUUGCAGUCCUGGCUAUUCUCAUCAUGAGACUCAAACUUUUCUUGACACCUCAUAUGUGUGUCAUGGCCUCUCUAAUUUGUUCCAGACAGCUUUUUGGCUGGAUUACAACGAAAUGGCGUCACCAAAUAAUUGUGUGUGGAAUACUAGCAGCAAUGGCUAUCCAGGGAACAAUAAACCUGAGGGCUCAAUGGAGCAUCAUGGGAGAGUUUAGUAAUUUCCCCCAGGAAGAACUAUUAGAGUGGAUCAAAGAAAAUACUAAACAGAAUGCCGUGUUUGCCGGAGCAAUGCCUACAAUGGCAAGUGUUAAGUUGUCUACAGGACGGCCUGUUGUAAAUCAUCCACAUUAUGAAGAUGCAGGGCUAAGGGCCAGAACAAAGCAAGUGUAUGCUAUGUAUAGUCGGAAAACAGCAGAAGACGUGAGGAAUAGACUCGUCAGUUUGGGAGUGAACUACUUUAUUUUAGAAGACUCUUGGUGUACAAGAAAAACAAAACCUGGCUGCAGCAUGCCGGAGAUAUGGGAUGUGGAAGAUCCCCAAAAUGCCAACAGAAUUCCCCUGUGCACGAUUCUUUCUAAGGCACCUGGUCCUUUUUUCAUUACUAUGUUUCAGAAUGACAUUUAUACAGUCUUGAAAGUGAAGAAAAAUUUAAGGUGGCAAUAGAAGCCCUUGGAAAUUCAGAUGAAUUUAUAUCGCCAGCUGGUUGAACAUUUCUGUGCCUAUGUAAUGUCCAGUAUUGCUUGAAAGUGGCAACAGGAGUUGUAAAUGAAGAGGCCUUGCAUGAACAAAAUAUCAGAAUAUGAUCUUCAUAAGUGUUCCUUUAUAAGCUGUAUUUUCAUGUUUUUUAUGCAGUUAUGCACAUGUGAUUAUUUUGAAUAAAAAUUUUGUGAAUAAA